UUCACAACUGCAUAUGCCCCCACCCAAUUUCUUCUAGCUACUUGCAGUUUCCCUUUUCUUUUUCCCAUUGUUUCUUACUGUCUAUUGAGCUGGAAAAUUGUAUGCUACUGAUUUCAAGUACAUCAAGGUGUGAUCUUACUCCGUCAACCCUGAAGGUACUAGGUCUGAAACAAUGAUCAUCAUCUUUGACAAAUUUUUUAAUUUACCUUUUCUUUUUCUUUUUUUCUUUUUUUUUAAAAAAACUUUUGGAGUAUAGAUAAAUCGUCCAUUGAAUUGUUCGUAGAGCUGGAGAUCAAUAGUGAUGAGAAUAAGAUUUCAAUUACAAUCACAACUACUAGAAAAAGGGGCUAAGGCCACAAUUUGCCUAACCACGGCGAACUAACAGUAGCCAUUGAUGUAUAUAAGCCACAGUCAAGUCACAGAGUGGCUAAAAAACAAUUGUAUUAAUAAAAUGACAAGUUGAGGAGCUUGUAUAUAUUAAGAAGAAAAAAAUACUAUAAAGCCAAAUAGGUCCCUUAGAUGAUUCUUGCAUAAUAAGGUUUUGUCUUGGUUUGUGUUAGAUAAUAAGCUCUAAUAAAUGUUUUCAAUCCCCAAAAUUACUUAAUUUAUUCACACCUUUUUAACUUAUAGUCCUCCGCCAGCUUUAUGAACCAAACUCAUAGGGAAGGAAACCAAUAUCAUAUCUCCACUACAUGCAUCUCUCCCUCUUCACCACUUCAACUCUCCAACUUCUCUCUCUCUCUCUCUCUCUCUCUCUCUCUCUCUCUCUCUCUCUCCCCCACCUAAAACUCCAUGGAAGCAGACGCACCAGCACCCCUACCACCCUCCAAAACCUACGAAUUAACAGCCUUUUCCAUCUCCUACACCAAAUCAACCACAGCCACCACCACAUUCUCCCCAUUUCACUUCCUCUUCAAGCCAUGCACCGCCCCCACACCCACUUACAUCCUCAAAGACAUCUCCCUCACCGCCUACCCCUCCGAAAUCCUCGCCAUUGUUGGCCCCAGCGGCGCGGGAAAGUCCACUCUUCUUGACAUCCUAGCCUCUCGAACGUCGCCCACAGGCGGCGCUCUCCUCCUCAAUUCUUCCCCUAUCAACCCUUCCUCAUUCCGCAAACUCUCUGCCUACGUCCCUCAGCACGAUGCAUGCCUUCCGCUCCUCACCGUCUUCGAAACCUUUGCUUUCGCCGCAAGCCUCCUGGUUCCCAAUUCCAGCGCAACAAACAUUGCAGACGUUGUCGCCUCUCUGCUCAAUGAGCUCAGGCUUACGCAUUUGGCCAACACACGCCUUGGCCAUGGCCUGUCUGGCGGUGAACGUAGACGUGUUUCAAUAGGCCUGAGCCUUCUCCAUGACCCUGCCGUGCUACUUCUUGACGAACCCACCUCGGGUCUUGACAGCACCUCUGCUUUCAACGUAAUCCAGACCCUCAAAUCCAUUUGCACCUCGCGUCACCGCACUGUGGUUUUGUCUAUUCACCAACCCAGCAACAAAAUCCUCUCAGCCAUUGAUAAAAUCCUCUUGCUGUCCAAAGGGACAGUUGUGCACCAUGGAACACUCUCUUCUCUUGAAGGUUUUUUGCUCUCCAACGGCUUCACAGUCCCUCCACAACUCAAUGCCUUAGAAUACACCAUGGAAAUUCUCAACCGCCUCCCUGCCUUAAAACCCAUUACAUCUGCACCAUCAUCACCUCCUGAUAUUCCUAGUUCUACAGCUAAUCCUCAUAAUUCUGAUCAAGUUAAUCAGGAAACCAGACAAGUCAUGAGAUACAAAAGCUCUCGAAUCCAAGAGGUUUUGGCUCUUUACAACCGGUUUUGGAAAAUCAUUUACAGAACAAGACAGCUUCUUUUAACAAACACCUUGGAGGCUCUUCUUGUGGGUCUGGUUUUAGGAACCAUUUACAUCAACAUUGGGUUCGACAAGCAGGGCAUCGAGAAGAGGUUUGGUCUCUUCGCUUUCACGCUCACUUUCCUGCUUUCCUCCACAACCGAAACCCUCCCAAUCUUCAUCAACGAAAGGCCGAUCCUCCUAAGAGAAACGUCUGGUGGGAUUUACAGGCUUUCCUCCUAUCUAAUCGCAAACACUCUGGUUUUCCUGCCUUACUUGCUCGCAAUCGCGAUCAUCUACUCUGUCUCGGUCUAUUUCUUGGUGGGUCUUUGUGCGUCUUGGCAAGCGUUUGCUUAUUUUGUUCUGGUCAUAUGGGUCAUAGUUCUAAUGGCGAACUCGUUCGUGCUGUUCUUGAGUUCUCUGGCACCCAACUACAUUGCCGGGACUUCACUGGUGACGAUACUUUUAGGUGGGUUUUUUCUCUUCUCUGGCUACUUCAUCUCGAAAGACAACAUGCCCAAGUACUGGCUCUUCAUGCACUUCUUUUCCAUGUACAAGUAUGCCCUCGACGCCCUCUUAAUCAAUGAGUAUGGCUGCCUUGUGUCAAGGUGUUUGAUAUGGUACGAAGAGAAUAAUGGUAAUAACAGAGAGUGCAUGGUGACGGGAGGCGAUGUGUUGCAGAAGAGAGGGCUGCAUGAGAGGCAGAGGUGGAGCAACAUCUACAUCUUGAUUGGGUUCUUUGUGUUGUAUCGUGUGCUUUGUUUGAUGGUUUUGAUCAGAAGGGUCUCAAGAUCAAACAAGUAGAUUCAUGUACAUGUUUGAUUUGAAUAAAUACGAAAUGAAAUAUGUAAGGAUGUUCAAUGCGACGAACACUUGAUUUGAUUCUUUGUUGUUGUAAUGUGUACAUAUAUAUUAUAUAUCCUCUGAUCUGAAUUUGUAUAUUUUGAAAGUUAAAACUCGUUUCUUCAUGUUU